ACGGUUGUCACCUAGUUAAAUCUCUACCGCCUUUCGCGGCCUUGGCGCGAUUCGACUCCAGCCGCGAAGAGUGCACGACUUGCCUCGAAGGGACACGUACGGGCAUCUUGGAAGACGUCCACACCUGGGCGAUUAGUCUGCAUGUGCCUGACGAUACCACGAACUCUGCGAUGCAACCUGCCAACCAUCAGCCCAGCAUCUUCUGGCUGAAUGGCCAACCCGGCUCUGGCAAGACGACAAUCGCACGGUCCGUCGCCAAGCGAUGUCACGAUGGAGGCAUCUUGGGCGCGAGCUUCUUCUGCUCUCGAUCAGAUGCCGACUGCAACAACCCCUCCAUGAUUUUCACGACCAUCGCUUACCAACUCGGAUUGCUCUUUCCAUCUUAUAGUGACCGAGUCUCAGAGAUACUGAAGAAAGAUCCCCUGCUGGUGUACGCUGCCGUCACUCGUCAGUUCGAGGAGCUGAUAAUACAACCGCUGGCACACCUCCAUGACCUACACAACGACGGUUCACCCAUUCCACCAUGCAUUGUGGUUAUCGACGCGCUGGAUGAGUGCCGAGGCUCGAAAGCCACGUCUGCGAUCCUGUCCAAUCUGCUCAAGCACGCAGACAAACUCCCUCCACUUCGAUUCUUCAUCACCAGCCGUCCCGAGCACCAUAUCGUCACCAGCUUUGAUUCCCCUGACUAUCGCAACGCCUCCAGUCGGCUAGUUUUGCACGAGGUAGAACUAGAGGCCGUCACCCCAGACAUCAAGCUUUACAUUACCGCGUCUCUGUUAGAUAUCAAGGUGCGCUUCAGGCUGGCAGGGACUUGGCCUGGCGAGGGAGACAUCGAGAUCCUUGCCAAGAAGGCCGGCGGCUUGUUCAUCUUUGCCGCCACUGCCGUCAAGUUCAUCGAAGACCGGAAAUAUCUGAACGGCCCUCGUCGACAGCUCGAGAUACUGAUAUCCGCCAUGGCGUCAGAUGGCUCCUACCGACUACUGGACUGGUUGUACUCGCAGGUGCUCGAGACCACAUUCCCUGACAUGCCCGAAGACCUAUUAGAGUCGGAGCUUAAGUCGAUCCUGGGGUCUAUCGUCACCGUUCAAGAUCCUCUCCCCCUUUCCGGCCUCUCGCGGCUGAUCGGACUGCCCGCUGACACGGUGUACAGUUCCCUCGUGGGCCUCCACUCUGUCCUCAUCGUGCCGGAGUCCGAAGAGUCCAAGUCGAACAUCCGUAUCAUCCAUCCUACCUUUGCCGAGUUCCUAAUUGACUCGACUCGCUGCACGAACCGAUCGUUCACCGUGAAUUCGCAGCAACAGCAUACGGAGCUACUUUGCGGGUGUCUGGAGGCUCUGCAAGAGCUAAGGCGGGACAUCUGCGACAUUCGAGAUCCCUCCUUGCUGAACACCGAGGUUCCGAACCUGCUCGAGCGUGUGGAGAAGGCGAUACCACCACAUGUGAAGUAUGCCUGUCGGCACUGGUACACUCAUCUGGUGAACGGAAACCUUUCAGCUGAGAAUCUCGAACCACUUUCGGAGCUUGUGGAGAGGCGGCUGCUGUACUGGGUCGAAGCCUGUAGUGUGCUCGGAGUGCUGAGGGAGGCUAUCUUGGGUCUGAGUGAGUCCCAGCGCAAGCUCAGGGUAAUGCUGUUGAGCGACUGCGAGCGGCUCAUUGUCGGUUACUUCCCUGCGAUCAGUGGUUCAGCGCUGCAGCUGUACCAUUUGAUCCCGCUACUCGUUCCGAGGAAGACAGCGCUUGCACAGAUCUACGCAGGCGAGUGUCGCGCGGAGAACUCUGUCAAGGUUUUCGGAGGUGCAACAGACUCUUGGGACGCCUGCUUGGGCACGGUCACUGCACAUGAAGGUCAAGUGGUCCGUGCUGUCGACCUCUCACCCGACGACAGGACAAUCGUCUCUUCGGGAGACGAUAACAAGAUUCGGCUUUGGGACGCCCUCACCUGCGCCCAGCUUCUCGUCCUCUACGGUCAUUCCGACUUCGUUCGCUCUGUCAAGUAUUCCCCGGACGGCGCUCGCAUUGUCUCUGCUGCUGACGACGGCACCGUCAAGAUCUGGGAUGCCGUAUCCGGCGUGCUUCUCUGCACCCUGAAAGGACAUACGAAUUGGGUUCUCUGCGCAGUCUAUACACCUGACGGCGGGCGCAUUGUGUCUGGCUCCAGGGACAAUUCCAUCAAAAUCUGGGACGCCGAGACAGGAGCCUGCUUGAUGACCUUGACCGAGCAUCGAGACCGGGUCACAUCCAUUGCUGUGUCUCCGGAUGGCCUGUGGAUGGCGUCAGGCGCAGAUGACAUGGUCUGCUUGUGGAGCUUGGAGGCGCCCGAAGCUCAGCAAGUAUUCGCCGGGCACACCCGUGACGUCAUCUGUGUCGCCUAUAGCCAAGACGGGACUCGCAUCGCGUCUGGCUCGCGGGAUGGUACUGUUCGACUGUGGGACACGACGCAGAAUGCAGUGAACACACCGCAGCUCGAGAGCGCCAUCAAGCCAUCUGAUCCUCGUGCGCUGCUGGUACGCGGCAAUGAUUCCAUCGAGGUGUACAAGACGGACACCUGGGAGUGCGCAUACAAGCCUCUAUCCUUACCGUCGGGAUGUACGCACUACGCAGCGUUCUCACCAGACGACGCGAUGGUCCUUGUAGCAUCAGACGGAGAGCCUGGCAGGGUGGCACUCUGGGAUGCGGCUUCUGGGUCGCUGUGUGCCCGGUGGGAAGGCGAGCUGUAUGGGCAUACGAACUGGGUAACGUCAGUCGCCUUUGCUCCUGGUGGGGACGUCAUCAUUUCCUCUGAUCGCGGUAAUGGCAUGCGACUCUGGGACAUCGCAACGGGCGCUUGUCUCCUCGUCCUCAGCCCGGCUACCUGGGGCAGCACCGUGCGACUGUCCCCUGACGGCUCUGGAGUCCUAGUUGACGACGACAAACGACUCAUUCAGCUAUGGGCGCCUCUCAACGAAGAUGCGCUGGCGACGACAUCGCUUCCUUGGCUCCCGCGCCGCACUUGGCCUAUAUACUACAUCGAAGAUAGCUGGAUCUUCUCGCUGACGCCAACUCGGCAGGCACGACUGUGUUGGGUUCCGGCAGACUGGCAGGGCAUAGCAGGAUUCCUUGGGCAGGACGUGCUGUUUGGGAAGCAGGGUGCUCGGCUCAAUUUCUCGGCGCUGAGUAGUUAUCUUGAGAGCUUGCACACAGCCAGCACAUAG